UUGGCUUUCCAGAAAAUAAGGCACGGCAGUCGAGUGCCAUGGGGGAUGGAGCAGCCCUCCAUCCAUCCAUCCACAUGCCCUGCAAGGCAACGCAAUAAUACACCCCUGGUAUGUGGUCCAGUAUCUCUUUUAGGAAUCCCGUUUACUGUGAACCAAACAUGGAUCUUACAAGGUCCCAACUUCAGCCCUAACUAG